UACCUUUCAGAUAUUCAGUAGCAAUGGGAGAACGAUGGAGUAACUGCAAGCGAUUUCAGAACUGUUGUGUAUUAAAUUUGUUGUGACCUUUGACAAUGCUUUGGAAUUAUGUGUAUAUUCUAUAAUGUAAGGAUUUCGUUUCAUUUGCGUGGUUUUCCGAUAUUCAUGUGAAAAAGUUAUUGAACAAUGUCGAUGUCAAAAAAAGAGGAAUAUGAACGGCUAAGGGGUCUGAUCAAUCAAUGGAAUGUUGAUCACUACGAUAUUUUCGAAUUAAGUCAGCCCAAUGAGGACUUGGAGUUUCAUGGUGUAGUCAGGUUUUUCUUUCAAGGUGGAAUAGGUGCCAAUGUGAUUACAAAAUGUAUCCGAGUGUCCAGCACAGCCACUACAAAGGAAGUAAUAGGUGUAUUGAUAGAAAAAUUCAGACCUGACAUGCGCAUGUUGUCACAGAGUAAAUAUGCACUCUACGAAGUUCAUGUCAAUGGAGAGGAGAGAAGACUGGGUAAUGAAGAAAAACCUUUAUAUGUCCAACUGAACUGGGGCAAUGAUGUUAGAGAAGGAAGAUUUCUGCUCAGGAAUGAGGACCACCCCACAGUCAGGGAUCCUGCUUUGGGUUUUGACAAUUCUGUCCUACAACAAGAUCAAGCUGGAUUUAAGAGAAAGCUGUCCAAAAGAGAAAAGAAGGAAAAGAAGAAGCGAGAUAGAGGCAAAGAGAAUGUGAAUGGAGAUGACAGUGUGGCCAAUAAACUGUACGAGGAGGCCCCAGAGACUAGCUUCACUCGAAGUAUUUCUAACCCGGAGGCUGUGAUGAGGAGGAGGAGGCAGCAGAAGCUGGAAAAGAAGCUGGCUCAGAUGAACGCUGUUGAAGGUGGCACAGAUAGUGGUGGUACACUUAAAAUCUAUGGAGAAUCCUUGCAGCGGGAAGUUCCAUACAAAACAUUAUUUCUUUCAACUGCGGAUCCUGCUUCUGCUGUUGUCAAGGAAGCUCUGGAAAAAUAUGGCAGAGAGAAAGAAGAUCCCAACAACUACUGUCUUGUUGAGGUGCUGCUGCCCCCUGGUGGUGUUGAGUAUCAUGGAGGCUCUGUUGGGGAUGAGCGUGUGUUAGAUGACAAUGAAUGUCCUCUGGCCAUAGUCAUGCAGCAUACCAAGCACAGAGGUCAGGGUCACAUCAUAUUUCAAUUACGAGAGCGCUCAGCUGAUUAUAAAAAGAGAAGCAAACGUCCAAGGGCUGUAUCUCAAGAUGACCUUCGUAAUCACCAGAGUGAUCAUAGGCACACCAAUGUUGACAUGCUCCCAUACCUAACAGAGUUGAAUGUUAGAGGUAAACCAAAGCGCCAUGUACUUCCAUUGAAUGUUACGGAAGUUGUCAAUGCCAGUGAGGUAGCUAAUAACAGGCAGGACUAUAAUGGAAAACAUUUUCUACAGCUUUCUGGACCUGACAUUCGUCCUCGGCACUGUGUCAUUGCCCAUACAGAGGGUAUAGUGACUGUCACACCAAAUAGCCAAGAUGCUGAAACGUAUGUUGAAAGGCAAAGAAUUUUUGAAACAACCAUGCUGAAACAUGGCAUGACAGUGCAGUUUGGAAAGGAUAAAAUAUACAGAUUCUUGGACCCUCGUUUUGAUGAACCUCCUAUGCAGAGCCAGCCUUAUCAACUCCCUAACAAAGCACAGCGUGGUCAGCCACAGGAGACGAAUUUUGAUGUGGAUGGAAACAUUGAGACUGUAGAAGUUACCUCUCCAGCACAGAGACCUACAUCAUGGGAUAGCCAACAGAGAAGGAGUAACUCGGAUAGAUCACCAGGAUCAUCUCAAGGCACUUACAGUACAGAUGAUCUUCUGCCUGCAUCAGUGGAAUAUUUUAUGGAUGCUGAAGAUCGUUUGCUUCAAGGCUCAAUACUAGAAGUGAACAGCAAGCAGCUUCAGUUCAAGUUGGCUCCAACCUAUACCUUGUACAUGGCAGUUAGGAACUUACUGUCUGCUCGGUCACCAGUUACACACAGAUCACAGUUGGUGGCCGACUUUGCCAAUAAAACUGCUAGGAUGACUCAACAGAGUAUUCAGGAGCACCACAAUGAUCCAUCAGCACUAGCAUUUUGGAUGGCCAAUUCAUCUGAGAUACUUCACAUGUUCAAGCAAGACAGAGAUAUCCAUUCUCUCAGUUUUGUGGCACAGGAGAUGCUGGCAGAAGCAGUGCAGACAGCCUUUCACCAUUUGGUGAGUUGUCUUCAAGGAGACCUGCAGAGAGUCAUGCCUGCCUUCUUGGACCCUUCUGACAAUACUGAUGCUGAGGAUGAAAUGGGCCAUCGCUACAACAUGGGUCGGCCUACAUUAACAGAUGUUCUCAACACAUUAUCUGUGGCAAUGACACUUCUCCGUCGCUGCCGUGUAAAUGCAGCGCUGACCAUUCAGCUGUUUUCUCAGCUCUUUCACUUCAUUAACAUGUGGCUAUUCAACAUUUUGGUGACGGAGCCCCAGCUCCAGCUGUGCACCAGAAUGUGGGGCAUACGUCUGAAAAGAAGACUAGGCAGUGUGGAAGCUUGGGCUGAGAAACAGGGAUUAGAAUUAGCCGCUGACUGUCACUUGUGUAGAAUUAUUCAGGCAGCUCAUCUGCUACAGACACCUAAGUUUAGUGCAGACGAUGUCACAAAUAUCAGCUCUACUUGCUUCAAGCUGAACUCUCUUCAGCUGCAUGCUCUAUUGACACGUUACAUACCUGAACCCAAUGAGCCUCCUGUGUCUGCAUCAUUCAUUGACAGAGUUGUAUCCAUAGCAGAGAAUAUGGCAGAUGAAUUGACUCGCACAGAUGGUCGUGAGGUCAGACUAGAGGAAGAUAAUGACCUUCACCUUCCUUUCUUGCUUCCAGAAGAUGGUUAUUCUUGUGAUACGAUCAGGGGAAUCCCCAAUGGUCUUCCAGACUUUGUUCGACAACUAGAAAGCCAAGGUAUUUGUAGAUUCAUCAUCAACAAUAAUGCUUCAGGAAGUUGGACUGUUUAUAUGGGUGAUGAACCUCCUUCACCAAAUUUGAAACUCAAUGGUCCAUCAAGUCCUGGCCAUGGACUUCCUCCAACACCAGAGAUCAUCAAUGUUACAUUCAGCAAAGUCAAGGGAAGCAUGGGACUCAGCAUAGUGGCAGCUCAUGGUGAAGGCCAGAAAGAACAAGGUAUUUACAUCAAGUCAGUGGUGGAAGGUGGAGCAGCAGCGCAGGAUGGCCGGCUACAAGCAGGUGACCAACUGUUGGAAGUGGAUGGUAAAUCUUUGAUAGGACUUUCUCAAGACAAGGCUGCUGAACUAAUGACGAAGACUGGACAAGUUAUAAAGCUGAAAGUUGCUAAAAGAGCAGUUCUUUAUCACAAUCUGGGAUCUUUGUUGAGCCAGCCAUCUCCUACUAGUCAAAGAGCUGCCCAGAACAAAAACUUUGGCCCAAAUAGAUUAGCCAGUGAUGAAGGUCCACCACCUUAUGAUGGCCGUGAUUCCAAAGCAGUUAAUGGUUAUGGUGACCAGAGUAAAAUGAGAGCACCUUCCACAAGUAACAUUGCUAACCCCAAGCCACCUCAGAACGAUCCAUAUAAUUAUCGAAAUGACCCUCGCUCUAAAUCAACAUCUAAUUUGCAUGUUGACACAAAUCUGGCUCGCCAAGACAUGUAUCAACAAAUAAAACCUGCACAAUCAGUAGGCAUGCUGCACCCAUCAUCUCCAGGUUAUGGCCAGUAUUCUCCUGGGGGCAGGCGUCAAGACAUUAGGCCAAAUGACUACGAAAACCAGCCAAAUUACCCAAGGCCAGGUGGCACUGGAGACCGCAACUCUUAUGACACCAGGCAAGGGUAUAAUUUUGUUGAUCCACGACAAAAUAUACCUGGCCAACCAAAACCUCAGAACCAAGGUUACACUGGACAGAAAACCUCAGACAGGUCUUCUAUAUCGUCUAAGGCAUCUUCUAAUAGUAACAAAGAUCCAAGGCCGCAGUCAGCUUACUACGACCCUCACAAAACAAACAGCAGAGAUAAUGGAGAGUAUCCUACAGAGAGACCCAAAUCAGAUGACGUUGGUAGCAAGUUGAAAGAGUGGCAAGACAAGUUUGAGCCUCCCCGCCCUGGCUACAACAAAAUGAACAGCGGAGGCAACAGCCCUCCCUACAGUAAUAUUGGUGGCCAGCCUCCACCACAGCCACAGCACAACCCACCUCCAAAGCCCACUGCUCAUGAACGACUGUUUAGCCAACAAGCUAUGCCACCAAAACCUAAUAAUAGUUCUUAUGUUCGACAGAAUGAUUUCUAUGAAAACACAGUGCCAUUAAAGCAAGAACCUCCCCCUGCAUUCCACCAGUUACAGAAUAUAUCUAUGGAAAGUGACUUAAAGCCUCGACCAGGAUCUAAACCUCCUCAAAUAGUACAAAAAAAUAAACCCUCUGUUCAGCACACAGACUUGCCAAUGGUGAGAGUUGACAACCGACAGACUCAGUCACGUUUCUAUGGUGACAACAGAUUGUCUGGACAGCCAACAAGUCCACAGGGUAGUCAGCAGCCUGGGUUCAUGGCUCCUAAUGUGCCCAAAUAUGACCAAAGGAAUGUCCAGCCCAGCAUUCGGAACUCAGGUCAGCAAGAAUACAGUAAUGACCCUAGAUAUCUUCAACAAGAUCUGCGCACAUCACCAGACCCUAGAAAUGACCCCAGGAAUGGUCCUGAAUUUGACUACAGGGGCGUGCAGCAAGAUCCUCGAAAUGUUCCUGAUCUAAGAUACAACUCUGACCCAAGAAAUGUUCAGCCUCUUUUACCACCUCCAAAUGAUGUACGUAAUAGUGUAUCAAGUUACCAAGACCAGAACCGACUCCCAGAAGCCCAUUAUCAGCAAAAGUACCCUGAGCCAGUCAACCAUUAUGGUGCAUACCCAACAGAUCCUAAUGAAGGUUUACCUCUGCCAGCAGUUCCCCAGGCCAUGGAGGACUACCAGGAAGAACUGCCCCCACUUCCACCCCCUCCUUCGAAUGAGAUUUUACUUGAACAAAAACUUGCUGAAGAACAACAGAAACUUAUGCAACACAUCAAUGCCACCAAUCAAUUUUUAGCAACAGACAGACAUCAUAAGUACCCUAACCAACCUCAGCCCCAGCAACAAAGUCAAUAUCAACAACAGCAGCCAUACCAACCUCCACCCCAAGCACAGCCAUACCAACCUCCACCCCAAGCACAGCCUUACCAACCUCCAUCCCAGCAGCAACAGUACCAGCCACCUCCACAACAACGCAGUCAACCCAUGAACCGAGUGUUGCCACCGGGCUUAGACCUUCGUGAUCAAAACCCAUUGGGCUACCAAGUUGUUAAAGAUGGCUACAGACCCAAUGACGCUCUUUCACACCCUAAUUACCAGAACAUCAAUUAUGGUGCUGAGUCUCAGCCUCCUCCCAUUCCACAGCCUCCAUCAGAAUAUGAUUCUAUUGAUAACCCCGCCUUAAGGGUACAAGGAUUUCAGGUGAAACCAGCAGUACCUCCCAGUAAACCUAAACUAAAAGAUCGUUUAGAUCUCAACACAAGAUCUGCUUGGGAUAGAGAUGCUAAAGAAAAGGCACAAGAGGAAGAGCAAGAGGAAUUGUUUCGUGCCAGAGAACAGGAAAUAGCUGAACUGGAAGCGAGGCCAUUUUUGAAUCCAUCAGAUCAAGACAGAUUAAAGAAAUUAAAAACGGAGCAUGAAUUUCAGAGACGUGUUAGAGAAAUAGCUGAGAAGGGAGACUAUGAUUAUGAGGAUGAUGAUGAAAUGGCAGAAAGGAUUUAUACUCGUGAGAGAAUAAUACAGACCCUGAAAGAAGAUUUAGAAAAGUCUCGAGCUAGAUUACAAGACUUUGAACUGGCCCAGCAAAGAGCUGAUGUAGAUAGAGAAUCUGAGAGACUGAAAUCUUUGGAACGGCGACUAGAGAUGCAUGAAAAAGACAGAGAAGAGCAGCGGCUGCGGAUGCAGAAAAAACAGGAAAGAAGAGCAAAAGAGCAUCAGGAACAAUUAAAAUUACAAAGGGAGACUAGAGAGCGACAACGUCAGAAUUAUGAAGAACAAAAACGUCUGCUUCAAAAAGAAGAGGAAAAAAUCAAUCAAAGGAGGGAAGAAGAAUUAAAUAAAAAAAGACAAUUUGAAAGAGAACGUCGUCAGGAGAUCCAGGACAAACAAGAUGCUGAAGAAAAGAGAAUGAGAGCUGAGAUUCGAAGGGAGGAGGAAGAAUAUCUGCAGCAGCAACUUGCCCAAGAAAGACAGAUGAAACAGCAACAGAAUAGACCAAUUCGAGUAGGCGAUGAAAGGAAAAGGCUGGAAUCACUGAAUUCACAAUCCACUACUGGACCCCAGAGCCCAACUUCUAACUACGCUCAGUAUGCAAAUGUCAACAGUCAGGGUCAGUCUGACCCUUCUCAGGCUCCCCCUCCCCCAACCAGGAGUGCUUCCUCCUAUGAAACAUUUAAUCAGCACCAGUUGAGGGCUUCAUUCAGGGCGAGCAGCAGUGCAGAGUUCCCUCCUCCUUCAGCUUUGAACAAUAGCAACACAAACAGCACAACAGGGCUUCCCUCUGCCUUGAAGAGCUCACAGGAACCCCCUCCUACUGCCAAGAAGUCUGUAUCUUUUAAUACUCAAAUGAACACGUAUAAAGACAGGACGCCCAGCAACUCAGUCUCCUCUUACAAGUCACCGACAGGAUCACAAACUUUUGAGGACCUCCCCCCACCAUCUUUCAGCCCUGACACUGAUGUUUUUGAUACACCGAACCCUCCUCUGUUGAGGAACAAUAACCCCAUGCCGAAUGACAGGCAGUCGGACGUGGUCUACAACACAUCUAGCAACACCCCUAAUGUCAUUGGUGCCCAGGAAGUGUACAGGGACCCUAGAUCCAGGAUUGAAGCGAAAAAAGCUUCCCAGUCAACAGUCCGCUCCCAGAGCACAGAUAGGAUGUCAUUCCGAGAAAAGAUGAAGUAUUUUGCCACUGAAGCAGGGGAGGACACUAUCAAAUUGAAGCCUAAGGCAUCAAAAACAUUGAGAACAAUAGAAUCUCAAUUGAAUGGACAGAUCCAGUAAAAAAUGUUCUUGAGACGUUGCUUUAUCUCUGUGCCCAUCACAAGCAGCAUUAUAGGACAAAACAAUUUGUCUUUUACAAUGAACAAAAACAAUCACCCGACUGUGAACAUUUUAGUUGUAUUUUAUUUUUAGUUCUGGUUUCAUUUUUUUUUUUUAAAAGAUCUUUUCCUUUAAAACUAUCCUUCCAAAUGUACAAUAUAUACUCCUAAUGGAGAUAAACAUUGUGUAUAUAUAUAUGAAACAAAACAUUUUAAAUUGAUGUGUUAUAAUUAUGCAUAAAAAGUGUACUAUAAAACCUGAAGGAACAUAUCUAUCAUGUUAUAAUGGAGUGGAGUCCAUUGAAUCAUAAUAGCUGACAGUUUUGUGAUGAUAGCAGUUUGUUGUAGACUGCUACACUGUUGUGUUUAAUGACAUUUGUGGUGGCAGUAGUUGUAUAUUGGGUAUCUUUAUGUUGCUAGGGUUGUGCCAAAAGUGUUUGCAUUCACAAGGAUUCUUUGAAUCUCUGACUGGAGAAAAGCUCAUAAUGAUCAUUGAUAGACCACACUAGUUUUGGUUUCUAGUUAAGGUAACUCAAUACUUUUAGUUGUUUUUUUUAUCUAUCCAAAAUGUAGCCCCUUAUGUAUGUGUUCAGUUUUGAGUCACUAAAGCCAUUCUAGAUCACUGUAGCCCCUGAUCUAAGGAGACGUCAUUAAAUGAUGAUGUCAUCACAAGAAAGGAAUGGACUACUACUUGCCACUAAAGCUCAUUAUUCUGGUUUGGAAACGGGAUCAAACAACGAAGACAGAAAGUGUUGCUUUGUUGUGUUUUGUUUAGCUUUUGUCUGAUGAGUAUGCUUGACCUAUAAUCUCAUGAUGCAGUGUAGCACAUGUUAGUACUCUUCUAUCAACAUGUAUUGUCAAAUCUACAUAUAUAUUUGUGUACACUUUAUUAAUUUUUUUUAUCCAUUUACCAUUCCUUCAUAUGGAUUAUUUACUAAUUUUUAUUAGUAGUAGGCUUGUGUUUCAAUCAGUGGGAGAGAAAUAUUCUUUAUUCCAAUUACACUGAAACCAGUCUGUUACAUUAAAUCUAUUAAAAUGAUUGUUUAUGCAUUUAAUUUAAUAUACACCUGCUAAUGUACUAAGUUUAUCUUAUGAUGUUCACUAGAAUGUAAAAUGAAGGUUUUAUUCCUACUGGAUUGGCCUUCAGCUUAAAGAAUUGAACACUGCCUUGUUGACUUGGUUUCCUACAAUAUGUGCCAGUGGUUGCUGUCAGGAUGGUUGUGAAGAAUGUCUAGACACAUUGAACAUAUGGUGAUGUAUACUGGAAGCUGUACUUCACAUAUCAUGUUCAUUCGUUCUGUAUCUUAACCAAGCUCACUGAUGGUCAAUUCCUUAAAUAUAGUUGUGAUUAGAUUGCUAGUCUAAGAGAAUAGUUAGCUGCUUGGUAAGACUUUAUUACAGAUUGCACUGGAGACUUACUUAGUACAGCUAUUCCAUAUUACUAGUGCAUGUGUGUGUGUGUGAUAACCAUGACUUGAAUGUUUGUGUCUACAUUUUGCUAGUUAAGGAUGCCUAAUAAUCUAAGGCACUGGCCACUUGCCCAACACAAACUGGUUGUUGCCCUGUCUGCUAGUACAUAUAUAUAUUGUAGCAAUACAUCUAGCAAACUAUUCAAUAAAUGAAUUUAUAUAUUUAUUAUAUAUUUAUAUACAAAACUUAUUUGGUUAUUUAAUGAAGUGUUUCAAAAGUCAAAUCUUAUAUUUUGUAAAUAUAAUUUAAAACUUCUUUUUGAAAUUUAACUUCUUGUUACUUUGAGUCAAUGUAUUUAUGAUUAUCUCAUUGACUCUGUACGUUAUGAUUCUGAACUUUAGAAUGUUUGUUUUGUAACAUGUUUUUUUAAGCAUUCACAACAUAUCUAAUAACUGUAUCUAAAUAACUGAGUUUUGUUGAAGAGCUUUGUUUUAUGUCAUGUUUCAUUUAAAGAGGAAUUAUGAGCAAAAUACUGGCCACAAGUGACUUAAUGUUUGAGACUAUCAUGAUCACUGAAGAUUCUCUUGCAUUUAAAUGUUUUCUAUGAAUUCAGUAAAUACAAAUAUGUACAAAUCUUGUUUUCCUGUUAAGAUUAAAAGCAAAAAUUACAUGAACUUUGACGUGUGUUUUUCGGCUGCAACUAAUACUGUAACUGAACACUGAUGUAUAUAGAUUCUCUGUAGAUACUUUACCUUUAAUUAGUAGGCAAUAUACUAAGUGAAUUGAAUGUUAUGUUCAGACAUGUAAGAUCUGUAUAUUAGUAGCUUAUUGCUCUUUUUGAUAUUACCUUUCAUAUUGUGUACAUUCUAGAGAUUCCUUCUCUCACUCUCUAAAUUAUAUCACCAUUUAGUCGUAGCCGAGCACACACACUAUGUGCCCAGCAGCAUGUACAUAGAAACAUUCAGCUUCUUAAAUAUGGGGUGAGUUUGUUGCCAGAUUUAGUUCAACUAACCAUGAACAAAAGUUGUCUUUUUACUGACUAGUUUCAUUUUCCUUGAUAAUCUCUCUCUCUGUAUAAUUCUAAAUUGUUCACUGAUGUGCAGAUAAAUGAAAACAUUUCUUUGAUUAAACUGCUGAUUAACUUUUCA